AUGUCUAUCGAAGAGCUGACUCAGGAAAUUCGAUUAAGUGAUGAAGAAAUUGAAAAUGAAAUAGAAAGAGAAAAUGAUAAUAGAAAUAAUACUGUUAGAUCAGUACUGGGACCUAAUUGGAUUUAUGGAACUACUAAUACACUUCCUCGAACUUCUAGUGUAUCUUCUGUAUCUGGACUUUGUCUUACUGAACGUGGUCAUAUCACUGUACCUCAACCAGAAGUUAUUCAAAAUAUGUUAUAUCCUUCAUCUGAUAGUUUAAAAGAAAAGAUAUUAACUUAUAGAAAUAAAGUUAGUCAAAUAUUAAAUCAAAAUAUUUUAAAUCCACUGACAUGUCAAGAACCUUUAUUAGUAAUUACUGGUCCAUCAUUUAUUAAAGAUGUAGCUCAAGCUAAAGCAUGUGCCACUUGGUUAGGUUCAUUAACUAAUAAGAAUGAGUAUGAGUUAAAAUCUCAGAAAUUGUCUUAUCCAUUACAUGAAUUAGUUCAACAUACUAAUCCUAUCUCUUCUAAUGAUUUAUUAUUAACUAUAAGAACUAACUUAUCUAAAUAUAAUUAUAAUUAUGACGAUCCUGAAUUAUUAAAAUCCAACUCAUCUGUUAUGACAUUUGAAAUUCAACAUGGAAUCCCCAUUUGUAGGGCAUUAUUAUGUGAAUUAGCAGAAAUUUGUCCUAUAGUUGGUGAAACUUGUGAUACCAUAACUCCACAAUACUUGAAUGAUUUAUAUUGUUUAGGAUUGGUAAGUUCUACAUUAAUUGAAUCUCAAUUACAUCGUGAAUUGGCUUCUGGUGUUUCAUAUCCAGUAGGUUUUACUGCUAAUGAUUCCGAAUUACCGUUUGAUAAAUCAAUGUAUCCUCAUAAAAUAACUGCAGCUCUUGACGCUUUAUACGCUACAUCUCAACCUCAUCAAUUCUUAUCAGUAUCUAAGAUUGGAACAGUAGCAGUAGUAGGAACUACAGGAAAUGAUGAUACAUUUAUAAUAUUACAAAUCAAUUUGGAACUUAAUUUUGAAGAAUUAAAACAACUAAUUCAAAAGGUAUAUUCCUAUUCUAAAUUAGCCAAACAAUCUCCAAGAGUCUUACUUGAUGUUGGUAAGAUUCACAAUACUGAUUAUGAAAUUAAAUUAUCCAUUUUGAAACAAUUACUUACUGAUCCAGAUACUAAGUAUACUAUUGUAGGAGUAUUGAUUGAUAGUGGAGAUAACUAUAUUCCUACAGAUUAUCCUAUUGAUAAUGAAGAAACUGAUAAUGAUCAUGAGCAAGAAUUGGAUGAACAAAAUCGUAAAUUGUUACAGUUGAAUAGAUACUUCAUUAAAAAGAGAAUAAGAGAUGGUAUUCAUAAAACAUUUUCUAAACCUAAACCAAAAUCACCUACAACUACAACUACAACUACAACAAUAACAGAAACAUCUUUAACUGGCGAUAUGGCUUUAAGAUAUGAACAUCUCAUUAAUGCCAAUAAUCUUAUAUCUGAAUUGCAUUUAUUAAGUACUAAUAGAAGACAACAUUAA